GGUCCCCCACCACAGUCACCUGCUGGACGCCGUGCUGACAACAUAUGAAGAUGUGGUGUGUAGCGGCGUUGAUGGUGACGUUGCUAGUGGGUGUGGCUAACAGUGACAGAAGUAUAGGUCAUCAUGGUGGUUACGGUCACUACCCAUCACCUUGUUAUCCCAAUGUUGUGGUGGUGACUAAUUACGACCAGGUGGUGCAAGAGGUUCCGGUACGACACAAGAUCUACAAAAAAGUAAUUGCCAAGCAGCCACUUCACCUAACCCACGUUGAAAGAGUCGUCCAAGAUGUACUGUCAACUAACUAUUACCCUGAAAUAGUUACUACAACCGUGGUCAUUCCUCAAGUCAGAGUAGUUACGGAUUAUGAAGUAGAGAGAGUUACACUUUACAGGCCGGUAGUAGUGAAGGCUAAGAAGGUCAUUCCGAAACCUGUAAUUCGUCACGAGAUUGAAGAAGUUGUAGAAAAUGUUGUUAUAUACGAUACUGUAACUUCUGCUGUUGUAUUACCGAGUUAUGAGACAGCAAUCCAAGUUGUGUAUUCUACUGUGGUUGUACCGAAUUUGAUACCCCAUAUUGAACAUGUGGUCGAAUAUACAACGAUUGUUAGUACCAUAUGCCCUGGUUAUGGUCAUUAAACACAUACAAAACAGAUGUUGGUUGUUAGUUUAUAGGUCUAUAACUUCUCCUCCCUUGUGGUGGUGAGUUGUAGGUGUUUGUGGAUUAAUAAAGUCACGAGAUGUAACGACUCUCUCUCUCUCUCUCUCUCUCUCUCUCUCUCUCUCUCUCUCUCUACCACGAUCGCUAG